CACCUGAGGAACGUUGGUUCACAAUGCGAAACAUCCCGACAUCUUCACGGUGGAGGCCCUGCGUUGCACUUUCACUAAGUGCCUCGUUUUAGUACAAUGUCAUAUACAUUCGCUCAACAUGCUCGUCGACUUUCGGGGCGCGCUGGCAGAAAAGGGGUUCUCCCCUCCCCCAACCCUUCCUGUGUCCCAGUCCACGGCACAACUUGGUCCGGACAACCCACGCUCGUUUCAACCACAUUCGACAUAAUGACUCUGGACAGGGCCCAAGCAGCACGACCGCAGUCAGCCAAUGGCACCUCGACCGUGGUAGUCGUUGCGGCAAGUGUUGGGGGUGGCCUCGUGCUCAUUGCCGUGACGAUAGCACUGGUGGUGUACGCCAACAAGCGCACUCGGGCCAUGGCCAAACGUCGGAACCUUCUUCAUCUUCCAGUGCAUGUUGCUAGACCACAUCGACCGGAACGCCUCUCGGCUCCACUCGGCGUUGUGCAGAUCGCCCUUCCAGAAGGCUUAGAACUGGAGCAGCUGGGCCGUCUCCGUGGCCGUGUCCGGGAAUGCAUGACGCUCAUGAACAUCCACACGGGCCGGUAUGCGGACGACGGUCGUCCACUGGGUCGGCCUGUCCUUUGGGCGGACGUUGCCAACUUCCAGCCCCCGCCAUUCGUCAGCGUCGUCGAGCACUAUAUGCGGAUCUACCUGGAGCAGCAAGGCCAUGUCGUUCUGCCCGCGCCGUCAAUCCAAGCUCCGCCCACUGCGGUCACUCCUCGCACCGGUACGCCAUACAUGCAUGGUCGGAUCCCUCGAGCGCCUCGUGCCCACGAGGUCCUCAUUGCACAUGGGGAUCCGUAUGCUCGCUCCGGCUCGGGGGAGUCCACCCGCUCGACAACCUCGACUGCUGAUUCCGAGUCGACGGUUCGGGCGCCUGCUGCUUCGUCCACGUCUUCGUCGUCUUCCUUGUCUUCGCUCUCUAGUUUUGAGUUGUCGCGUCUCUCUCUCGAGGGUAUAGGCCUGCGUUUUGGAGGGUACGUGCCUUCGCGCCGGGUGUCUCUGGAGGAGUCUGCGGAGGAGUCGGAUGAGGAGUCUGAGCAGGAGUUCGAGGAGGAGUUUGAGGAGCAGUCGGACGAAGGGUCGGAGAGCUCGGCAGCAUCUCACAACGAGAGCGUGUCUACUCUGCCCCGUUAUUCUCCUCUGCCGUCGUACAAGAGCGAGGAUGAGGUGGAUAGCGGGUGGUUCUAGGGCAAUUACUUGAUUGAGGGAUGGGAGGUCGUUGAGUGCCAAUGGGGUUCGUUCUGUUUGGUGAUGGAUGUAGGAUAUGUGGUUUGCCAAAAAGCCGGUGACUUGGGAGAGUAACGCCGCUUCUGAAGGCAGGUAGAUGGCGCAGAGAGCUAGAGCUAGGCUGGCGCACGAGGUGGAGGACUCGGCCGUCGUGAGACGGACUUGUGCUUUUGUAUUAUUAGGAGAAAGGAAAACAUAUACAUGAUGCUAUG